GCGCAGUGAGGCGGCCCUGGGCGGGGCGGGGCCGUCGGGCCCCCGACUCGGAGCCCUGGACAGCGAUCUCUGCCCGCCCUUGCUUCCCCCGAGCAGUUGGCGGGUCUAAGGUUUCCGCUCUCCCUUAGAACUGCUUAUUAAAAGUCUCGGGAGAAGCCGAUUCGCCACUGGAGAUCUCUAGGUGUAACGUAAUCGACUCUCCACACUGCUCGGUAGUCAGGAUCACCAAGUUAGGUCUCCGUUGUUUCGAAAGGCAGACGGGGAAGGGUAUCCUCGCCAACACACUGAAUUUCUGGUUCUUUUAAGACUCCAAAUAAGUUUAGAAUCAGUAACUGCGCCCUUCAGCGUCCGGCUCCUCUGUGACCUCAGCGAACUGCGAAGCCACUGGGAGCCGCGUUCCGUGCAGGUCUCCCCCUGACGGCGGGCGGUGGCAGACGCUCCCUGCGCGCGGAGCACGCCGGGAGUUGUAGUCCUCUUCGUACGGCGUUGCCAAGUCUCCGGAAGUGGAAGUGGAAGUAUAGGAGGCCGGGCCGACUUGGCUCUGGGUAGCGGGACUCUACUCUGGGGCGAUAUUCCCAGGCGGGUCAUGAACGGACCAGCGGACGGCGAAGUGGACUACAAAAAGAAAUACAGGAAUCUGAAGCGGAAGCUCAAGUUCCUCAUUUACGAGCACGAGUGCUUUCAGGAGGAGCUCAGGAAGGCGCAGAGGAAAUUGCUGAAGGUGUCCCGGGACAAGAGUUUCCUUCUAGAUCGACUUCUGCAGUAUGAGAACGUGGAUGAAGAUUCUUCCGAUUCAGAUGCCACUGCAUCUUCAGACAACAGUGAGACAGAGGGGACGCCCAAGCUGUCUGACACACCAGCCCCCAAGAGGAAGAGAAGCCCUCCAAUGGGGGGUACCCCAUCCCCUUCCAGCCUCUCCUUGCCUCCUUCAACAGGAUUUCCCCUGCAGACCUCUGGAGCUCCCUCCCCAUAUCUGAGCUCGCUGGCUUCUCCCCCUUACCCCCCAUUCCCUUCUGACUACCUGGCCCUGCAGCUGCCUGAGCCCAGCCCCCUGAGGCCCAAGCUGGAGAAACGGCCCCGCCUACCCCGGAAACUCAAGAUGGCUGUAGGACCCCCUGACUGCCCUGUCGGUGGGCCACUGGCCUUCCCUGCCAGGGGUUCUGGGGCCAGUGUUGGGGCAGCCCUGACCCCCCUGCCUCCUCCCAAGAUGCCCCCCCACACGAUCCUGAGCACCGUCCCUCAGCAGAUGUUCAGCGAUACAGGCAGUGGGGAUGAUGCCCUGGACGGAGACGAUGACCUGGUAAUCGACAUCCCAGAGUAGCCACCCAGUGCUCCCAGCCAAGCCUGCACAGUGCUCCUCCCAUGCCAGUACACUCGAGCCCACUUCUUCAAGAGAUGUUUAUUGAUGCCCAGUUGCCAUGCUUCGGCCACUGACACAAUCAGAAAAGGCGUAAACAUGCACAAAUGUCCCCGAGGAAGGUGGCAGGGGCCUGCCCUCACAUCCCAGCCCCAUCCAGGGGACAGUUAUUUAAAUGAGUGGCCAAGAGGAUCUGCCACACCUUAUGGAGGCAGACACCCUGUGGAGGCCACUCCUUUAGAAGAGCAGCUGAGCAGGGCUGGGGCUUUGUAACAAAGGCUCUGUAUUAAAGGGUUGGCUCUUUCUUUGUCCUUUUCCUCUUUUGGAACUGUCCUCUUCUAAUCUCCCCUAAUCCGACCUCCUCCCUGUGGAGCAGGGGGCCGCCCGCCCGGGCAGCCUGGAGAGGCCAAGAGAGGAGUAGCAGGGUGGGGUAGGACACUGGCAGGAGACUCCCACAUGGUCCUGUGCAUGGGGUGGUUGCAUAUUUGCAGGUAACAGCAAGUCAGGCAGGAGAAAGUUUGCAUAUGUGAAUAUAGCUCUCCACAGUCCCUCACAGGAAGACAGACCCACGGUCACAGACUCACAAAAAUAAGACAGGUAGUGUGGGGCAGGGGGCAUCCCACCCCGUGUAAACGUGCAACACACUCGUGCGAAGGUUGGGUACUGGACCCGGCCCAAAGGGCCUGUGCUGGACAGCUGCUAUCUACUCAGGCCAGGGGGAAAGCCCCGGGCAGCUCGCUGGUCAGGGUGUGCCAGCGCUCCAGGGCUGUGUCCGGCUGAUGGAGACAGUCACUCCAGUGCUUCUGCGCCUCUCCCCGGGCUCCUGGCCCCAGAGACACACCACCUGAAGAACAGCCAAGUCGGGCAGAGCCAAUCAGUGCCCAUUCUCCUGCCUCACUUCCCUCCAGCACCUGGUAGGCCCUUCCACUCACCUAUGAAGUCAUUGGAUUUGCCAAUGUCGUAGUCCCAGACUGUGACUUCCAGGGUCUUGGUUGCCAGAGUGGAGAGUUCCAUCUCAUAGAAGAAUUCCUGAGAACAAGGCAGGUGUGCUUUGUCAGGCCUUCUAACCACAUGGCUGUCCCCAGCCCAUCUUUAUUUCUGCUCCCUGUCGUGUUUACCUCAUUAAAUUCUGGGUUUAAUGUCUUCUUCUUCA